AUGGCGCACCUCCAGAGCAAUGCGACGCUGCGGCGCGUCGUCGAGUUCCUCGAGCUGAUUGCGCCGGCGCGCCUCGCCGGCAGCUGGGACAAUGUGGGACUGAUUGCGCAAUCUCCCGUGCCCCGCGCGUCCAAAGGCGUGUUCCUGGCGGUGGACCUGACCCCCGCCGUCGCCGAGGAGCUCCUCGCGAAGGACGUGAACACGGCGAUCAUUUACCAUCCCGUGGUCUUUUCGCCGGUGCGCUCGCUGACUAUGGCGAAUCCGCUGCAGUCGUCGAUCCUCAAGUGCAUCGCGUCGGGCAUUUCCAUCUACUGCCCCCACACGACCCUCGACGUGAUUGACGGCGGGAUCAACGACUGGAUCGCCGCCGGCCUGCAACACCCGUGGGAGAAGGAGGCGCUGAGUGACGAUGUGCUGUACCGCCGCGUGCGCGACGGCUCUGGUGCGGAGCCGUGCGAAAAAGCGCCCAAUGCCCGGACGCCGACCGAAGGCAUCGGCCGCGCCUUUACGCUUCCCGAGCCGUGCACGCUCGCGGCGCUGGUCGAGCGGGCGAAGCGCCACUUUGGCAUCGAGCAUGUGCAGAUUGCCGAAGGUGUCGGCAAGACCAUCGACACGCCGGUGCAAAAGGUGGCCGUGUGCGCCGGCAGCGGCGCGUCGGUGCUCAAGAGCAGCACCGACGCGGACGUGUGGGUGAGCGGCGAGCUUGGCCACCACGACAUCCUCGCGGCGAACGCGCAGGGCAUCUCGGUCAUCGUCACGAACCACACCAACACUGAGCGCCGCUUUUUCCGGACGCUCUUUGCGCCGCUCCUUCGUGAGCAGCUCCCCGAGCUGACGGUGUACGUCUCUGACGCGGACCGCGACCCUCUGCGCACCGUGUAA